AUGUCCUUGCCUCCUCCCAUUCCUCCUCCACAUCUCCCCCGUCCACAAGCUGCCCCCGCUCCCCCCUCCGCAUCGUCGCUCACAAUGCCGAUAGCAGUCGCACCAGCGUAUAUCAACCCCUCAGACGUGCACAACGCCCACGCAGGCCCCUCCUCAUCGCCACCCAAGAAAAAGCCCAUACAGCCAAUCAAGCGCAAGCGCACCGACACCCCAGACGACACCGCAGGCGACGCUGCCGCCCAGCAGCGCAAGAAUAGAGACGGCCCCAAGAAGAAAAAGGCCAAUCGCGCCUGCUUUCACUGCCAGAAAGCCCAUCUCACCUGCGACGACUCCCGGCCAUGCCAACGCUGCAUCAAGCGGGGCAUCGCUAGUAAUUGCACCGAGGGACUUCGCAAGAAGGCCAAAUACCUCCUCGAUGAAGAAGAGCUAGACCAACUCAAACGCAACAAAUCAGCGGCGCCUGAAGGCAGCUCAGAACCACCAUCCAGCACAGUACCGCCGGCGGAAUCAUUUCCACAGAACGAUCCAAUGUUUAAUGUUACCUUUGAUCCCAAUUUCCCGUUUGGAUCAGAGGCCGCAAACCUGGAGUACUCAAUUCUCUCGGCGAUAUUGGGCAACCCCAGCCCGGGGGACUCAGCGCACAGUCCACCAGCACCACAGCCAGCGGGGAACUUCUCAUCGUGGACAAACGACUCGCUAGCUUAUCCCUCAUCGAAUACCACAGGGACAACGUACGGCUCGAGCUUUCCAGAUGCAUCAUUAUCAAACCUUCCCUCGACGGCUAACACCGAUUCGCUAUCCCCGUCUCAACCUACCUUUGCACCUUUUGCUACGCCGCAAGCAAAGGAAUCGCCGCAGACUUCGUACGCCCAAUCAUAUACUUCCUCGCAGUCUCUCCAUCCUCUUCAACCGCGGUACCCUCUGCCAGCAGAUUACAGCCGUUCUCCAUCCAUCAGUACGCCUUCUACUGUCUUUCCACGCCCAGAUCCUAAAGACCCUGGCCUGUUGUCCCCCCUUGCAGCCAAUGCAUCUCCAAUUUCCACGUCCUCCGUCCCUCCGGGUCUGGCCUCUGUCAGCACAGACACGCCAACACCUUCUACACCUUCCUCCUCCCUGGCCCUUCCCUCUUCCAGCUCCCAGCUGCAGAGCAUCAACGAUAGUGUGACGACACCCUAUGAUUACACAGAGGGUUAUCAUUUCCUCAUGAAACACCUGCCCAGCCGGUUCGAGAAGAACGACAUCUUGCGCAUCGUCCGCGCUCUGGCCAUCUUCCGACCAUCGCUCAUCGCUCUGCAAAUGCCAUUGUCGCUUGACGACGAGAUAUUUGUGGAGAAGUGCUUUCAGCGAUCUCUGCUGGAGAUGGAAAAGCUGAUAUCAUAUAGCGGGACGCCGACGGUCGUCUGGCGACGGACGGGCGAGAUUUGUCUAGUCGCUCCGGAGUUUUGCAUGCUCACCGAGUGGCCUAUGGACGAGUUGGUGGACCGCAAAAGCAAAAAGUACAUCUACGAACUAUUCGAAAACCAAUCCGUCGUUGAGUAUUGGGAGAACUUCGCUUCUCAUGCGUUCGAGAACACGACCCAGUCUGUCUACUCCCACUGUGUAUUGCUCAAGCCCGAUGGUGCACCGGUGCCCACGACGUUUUGUUUCUCCAUACGCAGAGACCUCUUCGAUCUGCCGAGUAUGGUUAUCGCUUCCGUCGCCUCGCUGUCUGUUGCUUUGCUUUCCUUGUGCUUCUCCUCCCUUCCUCCUCCCCCGCCUUCUCUCCACCUCCCUCCUGGUUGCCUUAUGCGCUCCCAUGUCCUUGCACCCACUCCCACUCCCACGCACAUGCGCGCAGAUGUCGGCCCUGGCGAGAACCUCGUUCGCUCGGUGCUAUCACUCAAAUUGCUGUAG